AUGUCGGGCAGAACAAUGAGACGGCAAGUACUGUUGUGUAUCUGGGUCUUCUCUCUGGGCUGGGCACACGGUCAGGUCAGCUACUCCAUCCCCGAGGAGAUGGCGACGGGCUCGUUAGUCGGUAACAUAGCGCAGGAUUUGGGUUUAGAUGUGAAGAGGCUCAAGUCGGGCAAAGCUCGCGUUUAUACGGGGGACAGUGCGGAACACAUCGAGCUGAAUAAGGAGAGAGGAGUCCUGCUCAUCAAAGACAGGAUAGACAGAGAGGCUUUGUGCGGAGAGACGACGCCGUGCGCCCUUCAUUUCCAGAUGAUUCUGGAACACCCGAUGGAGUUUUACACCGUCGUUGUGGAAAUCGGCGACGUAAACGACAACCCCCCCACGUUCGAGAGGAGUGAAAUGAGAUACGAGAUUAGCGAAUCGGCCCUCGUCGGCGCUCGCUUCGUGUUGGAGAACGCAAUAGACGAGGAUGCUGGCGUCAACGGGCUUCACAGCUACACCCUAAAACCCACCGAUAAUUUCUCCCUCAAAACGCCCGUUCGCGGAGGGGGAAAUAAAAACGUGGAAAUGGUGUUGCAUAAAUCGUUAGAUAGAGAAAAGGAAGACCGUGUUGUACUGACGUUAGUCGCUAUGGACGGAGGGGAGCCUCAGCUUUCUGGCACAAUGCAAAUUGUGGUAACUGUGUUGGACGCCAACGACAAUGCGCCUGUUUGCUCUCAACCCGAGUACAGAGCGACUGUUCCAGAGGACGCACCUAUCGGCACGGUCUUAACAAGGGUUAGCGCGACUGAUGCGGAUGAAGGUGUGAAUGGGAACAUAAUGUAUACUAUCACGAAGCUGGGCCAAACCGGUGUGUUUAAUAUUAACCGAGAAGAUGGUGCGAUCACAUUGCAGGGGAGUCUAGAUUAUGAGAAGAGAAAGCAUUAUGAAAUCAACGUACAAGCUAGUGACCAGGGCGGCCUCUCGGAAGCGUGUAAAGUAAUAGUAGAGGUGCUUGAUGUAAACGAUAACAAGCCAUCCAUUAAUAUCAUGUCGAGUUCAAACAGAAUUUCUGAAGAUGUAAAACCAGGAACGGUUGUAACUAUGAUGAACAUCCAAGAUCCAGAUUCAAAUGAAAGCGGUAGAGUCCUGUGCAUUUUAAAUGAACAUAUUCCUUUUUCAAUUACAAAAACGUCAAAUAAUUUCUUUAGCGUGGUGACAGAUAGUGAUCUGGACCGAGAGAGAGCCUCAGAGUAUAAUAUCAGUAUCACGUGUUGUGAUGAGGGAGUGCCCUCUCUCUCCAGCAGCGUCACCCUCACCUUACACAUCUCAGAUGUGAAUGACAACGCGCCUGUCUUUGAGAGGAGCUCAUAUGAGGCCUACAUUGUAGAAAACAACACACCGGGUCUCUCCAUAUUCACAGUGAAAGCCACAGACGCUGACUGGAACCAGAAUGCCCGUGUGUCUUAUAUACUGGAGGACUCCUCGGUUAACGGAGUGCCCGUCUCCUCCUAUUUGUCCGUCAGUGCUGAUAGUGGAGUCAUCCAUGCAGUUCGCUCUUUUGACUACGAGCACAUCAAGGAUUUCCACUUGUGUGUUAAAGCGCAGGAUGGAGGCUCUCCUCCACUCAGUAGUAACGUGACUGUGAAAAUAACGAUCCAGGACCAGAACGACAACGCCCCUCAGGUUCUGUACCCAGUCCAGACCAGCAGCUCUGUGGUGGCGGAAAUGGUGCCUCGCUCAGCAGAUGCGGGCUAUCUGGUGACUAAAGUGGUGGCUGUUGAUGUGGACUCUGGACAGAAUGCCUGGCUCUCCUAUAAGCUGCAGAAAGCCACAGACAGGGCGCUGUUUGAAGUGGGCUUACAGAAUGGGGAAAUAAGGACUAUCCGCCAAGUCACUGAUAAAGAUGCUGUGAAACAAAGGCUGACUGUUGUAGUGGAGGACAACGGGCAGCCCUCUCGUUCAGCUACAGUCAAUGUUAACGUGGCGGUGGCGGACAGCUUCCCUGAAGUGCUCUCGGAGUUCACUGACUUUACGCACGACAAGGAGUACAAUGACAACCUGACUUUUUACUUAGUCUUGGCUUUGGCUGUAGUGUCCUUUCUCUUCAUCACCUGCUUAGUGGUCAUCAUGUCAGUGAAGAUAUACAGAUGGAGACAGUCUCGCAUCCUCUAUCAUUCCAGUCUGCCGGUGAUUCCCUAUUAUCCACCACGUUACUCAGACACUUUGGGGACAGGGACUCUCCAGCACGUGUACAAUUACGAGGUGUGCAGGACGACUGACUCCAGAAAGAGUGACUGUAAGUUCGGCAGAGCCGGUAGUCAGAACGUGCUGAUAAUGGACCCCAGUUGUACAGGGACGAUGCAGCGGAUCCAGAAUGAAAAGAACAUCCUGGAUGAGCCAGACUCUCCUGUAGAGGUUAGAGCUUUACUGUUCUGA